UCCUUGACGCCAUAUUUAGUGCACUUUGUAUUAAAAGCAGAGCAAUUUGAGACGUAACCCAAGUCAAAGCUACAUAAUCAGGCACGAAGAGGCGUUCAGUUACUAAAGUAACUUGCUCUUGAAAAAACAAAUGGAAAACAUGGAGCAGAAAUAUGAAGAAGAAAUUCAACUACUCCAACAAGAGAUAGAGACGUGUGAAGCCGAGCAGAAAGAGUGUUUACGAGCUAUUUCGAGACAACAUGGAGAAACAGUGCAAAAUAUCUUAAAGACGAUCUCCAUCCAAAAGGACAGAGAAGAUGGUGUGAUAAAUAAAGAGCUUUCGAAGCUCAUGUCUGAAAUCAGUGAAAUGGAAAAGGACCUCCGAAGACAGACAGACAUCAAUGGGAUAUCUCUCUCUGAGUGUUGGGUCAAGACACUGGAGAAAAGCAGUACAAAAACUGUACAGCAGUACAGACUUGCUGGUCUCUGUUGGCUUCUUUCAUUCCAAGUUGAGUUUGCAGUGACUGAGAUUCAGGACGGUGACACCAUCCUGAAAAAAGUGACUGACCUCAACAUUAUAUCGGAUGGAGCAGAGUUUAAAGACCUGUGUGGCUUUCAGUCAAGUGUAGAGGAGUCAAAGAGCGUUUUCCUUUUCUUCAGAACCCUGAGGUCAUUUUCAGAGAGAUGUAAGGAAAGAACCUGUGCAUUCCAACACUUUAAGGAGAAAUACCCAGAUUUGGUUCAAAUUCCUGAGGGCUGCAGAUCUGAGAUCAUGUUGAUCCAGAAUCCACAACUUCCUGGGUGUACAAUGAGCAUUUUCUGGAACAUUACCGUCAGCACAGAAGGAACUGUCAAGCCAAAGAUUGACCUACUGAUGAAAAUACCUGAGCAGGCUCAAAAACUGGAUAAGGAAAGCGUGGUGGAGUCGGCACCGGAACACUUUCGGAGUCUCCUGACGGUGUUGGGAGUGGAAGCUACAAUCGAAAGUUUAAUACAAUCCGUCUCUUUUUAAACAAAUCAGACAACACAAGAAACUGUUAAAGCAAAUGUAGGUUUGCUUUAUAAUUUUAUUCAGUAUAAACACCACCGUAUUGUCUAUUAAGAAAUGUAUUAAUGCUAUCUGUACACAAUCCGUCACCACAUGUACACAUAGCGUAUGUAAAUAUACAUCAUUAGACAAUAGCUAGAAAAAUAAAUAAUUUAAAUAGAAAAUGUGACCGCAAAAUCCACUUUGUCUUUUGAAAUAGUGAAUAGUUUAGUCCUUACUUUAUCGGUAUCACAGUGAUUGUGAUUUCUUGAGAGGAUUAAUAGUAACCUGGGUUUCAGUUUAGCAAGUACACAUCCUUUAGUUUCUUGUAGUGAGUCAGUCAACGUUUUGCUCCCUGCAAGUCAACCUUUAGAUUUUGCUAGACUUCUGAUUUGGCCUUCACCGUACCCACAGGCACUGCCAAUCAAAAGCUUUCACACUGUAAUGAACCCAUCUAAUAUACUGUCAAAUUAACUCUGUUUAAUUAAGGAACGCAGAGAUGUGAAUUAAAGUUAAAUCAGAAAAGGCCAAAAUCUUGCUCACUCUUUUUAGGCUGUAGUAGACCAAGCCCAAGCAUCCGGCUUGAUAUAAAUGAAUUCAACACACCCUAUACAGAGCUCGUCUACAUCUACACGUACUUUUGCUGAUCGAUGUUUAUUAUCUACACUAAAGAUUUGCAUCUUUAGAACAUCUCUGUCACUCAGUGAUUAAACUGUAAUCAAACAAACUCCAAGAGUUCAAACUUUUGACUGGCAGAACAGAUCAAAUAGUUAUGCUUUAACACCCCAAACUUUCAGUCUUGCACAAAAAUUUGUCAAAAAUCUUUUGCAUUAGAGUAACAUCAACAUCUGAUUUCACUUAAAACUACAAAAAUGCUGUUUUACUCUUUCAUAUGUGAUGACUACUGAACUUAAAUUGUGCAGCACAAAGUACAAACACCUACAGAGGUACAUUAGGAGGAACAGUAAAGAGUUUGGCCGAUAUUAAAGGCUGUCCAAGAAAAUCCUCUGAACUGUCGAUUAAGGCCUCGAGAUCUGACAUGUAAAAAGUCUGAUCAUGUCAUAGAAUUGUUCAGUUGUUUAACUAAAGAGAAAAACAGGACUUUAGUGGUUUAAAAUCAAUACUAUUAGACACAGCAUUCACUAGAUCACGUGAGGUGGAAGAAAAAAAAUUUAAAUAAAUAAAAUAAAAAUAUCACAGCACUGGUCAAAGCAAUGAUGCAUCAUGAGUCUGUGGAUGAACACAGACAUGCAUCUGAUCUGGCGUUUCUAAGCUGAUACAAGCUCAACUACGAGCAUGUGCGUACAAAGUCCUUCAAUGUUACUGUAUGUAUAGUGUUUAGUUCAAAUGAUCACACACAAGUAGUUUACAUUUGUCUCUAUAAAAAGAUUUGGCUUUAGUAAAUGCUGUGCUUUCUGCUGGAAUUAAAUCUGCCAGACGUACGCAAUGAGCCACAAGCAACUUCAUUAAAACUAUGUUAUUAUAAAGAAGCCAUUAAAAAUUUAACAAACUUCUUUAAGUCAUGAAGUUUUGGAAAGUGCCAGCUUGGCUCUUUAUACUCAUGUGCAAUUUGUAUGUUGAACGGCUUUGGUCUGCAUAUACAACCUUUUACCGACGCCGAAUCUGGUUUAGGGCCAAACGAGAACACUCUCCAAAACAUACUCUCCCUUCUUUCACUUAAAAGGAAGAGCUCUUUAUUUAAACCUGGUCUGCAUCCACUGCAUCUGUUAUAGCACACAAAUUACCAGAGGUUGUUCAUGGUAAUUACACAUGCUACACUUUAGGUGGAGGGAAAUUAAGCAAAGAACGAGUAAAUGGGGGAAUGGAAAACGCCGGGAAAACACGUCCAGUAAAAACAUAACGGAUCGGGAACAUAUUAAGCAGCAAACACAUGCAGUGGUUAAACAUUUGUCAUCAGCAACCAAUGUGCUUUUUUUUUUAACUGUGGAAAGAAAGAAAAAAGAGGAAAAAAAAUAAA